GGUGCCAUCUGGACAGAGGAGACUUCCAGAAACUUGGCCUUUAGCAGCUGGAGAGAGAGAGACCCAUGAAGAAGACAGCAGGAAAGGAAUGAAGCCAGGAGGACAUCAAAGUCCAGCCUCCUGAGAACCAGAUGAGCAAGGAGCUAGCAGCAAUGGAGCCUGGAGCUUCAGUGGCUAGAAAUGGGGCUGAGACAGCAACACACUCGGCACUGGGCUCUGGAGUCAGCCUGCACGCCUAUGACAUCGUAGUGGUGGUCAUCUACUUUGUCUUCGUCCUUGCUGUGGGGAUCUGGUCAUCUAUCCGUGCAAGCCGAGGGACCAUUGGUGGCUACUUCCUGGCUGGGAGAUCCAUGACCUGGUGGCCAAUCGGAGCAUCUCUGAUGUCCAGCAAUGUGGGCAGUGGCCUGUUCAUUGGCCUGGCUGGGACAGGGGCUGCUGGAGGCCUUGCUGUGGGUGGCUUCGAGUGGAAUGCAACCUUCUUGCUUCUGGCACUGGGCUGGAUCUUUGUCCCUGUGUACAUCGCAGCUGGUGUGGUCACUAUGCCACAGUACCUGAAGAAACGAUUUGGGGGACAGAGGAUCCAGGUGUACAUGUCAGUCCUGUCUCUUAUGCUCUACAUCUUCACCAAAAUAUCGACUGAUAUCUUCUCUGGAGCCAUUUUCAUCCAGAUGGCCUUGGGCUGGAACCUCUAUCUCUCCACAGUGAUCUUGCUGGCAGUGACAGCGGUCUACACCAUUGCUGGGGGACUCACAGCUGUGAUCUACACAGAUGCUCUACAGACUGUGAUCAUGGUGGGAGGAGCCCUGGUCCUCAUGUUUCUGGGCUUUCGGGAGGUCGGCUGGUAUCCAGGCCUGCAGCAGCUCUAUAAACAGGCCAUCCCCAAUGCCACAAUUCCCAACACCACUUGUCACCUCCCAAGGGCCGAUGCCUUCCACAUGCUUCGAGAUCCUGUGAAUGGGGACAUCCCCUGGCCAGGUCUCAUCUUUGGGCUCACAGUCCUCGCCACCUGGUGUUGGUGCACAGACCAGGUGAUUGUGCAGAGGUCUCUCUCCGCCAAGAGUCUUUCACAUGCCAAGGGAGGCUCAGUGCUGGGGGGCUACCUAAAAGUCCUCCCAAUGUUCUUCAUUGUCAUGCCUGGCAUGAUCAGCCGGGCCUUGUACCCAGAUGAAGUUGCAUGUGUGGACCCUGACAUCUGUCAAAGAGUGUGUGGGGCCAGAGUGGGAUGUUCCAACAUUGCUUACCCCAAGCUGGUUAUGGCUCUCAUGCCUGUGGGUCUGCGAGGCUUGAUGAUUGCUGUGAUCAUGGCUGCCCUCAUGAGCUCACUCACCUCCAUCUUCAACAGUAGUAGCACCCUGUUUGCCAUAGAUGUGUGGCAGCGCUUCCGCAGGCAGGCAUCGGAGCAAGAGCUGAUGGUGGUAGGCAGGUUGUUCAUAGUCUUCCUGGUAGUCAUCAGCAUCCUCUGGAUCCCCAUCAUCCAGAGCUCCAACAGCGGACAGCUCUUUGACUACAUCCAAUCUAUCACCAGCUACCUAGCCCCACCCAUCACAGCCCUCUUCCUGCUGGCCAUCUUCUGCAAGAGGGUCACUGAGCCUGGUGCCUUCUGGGGCCUCAUGUUUGGCCUAGCAGUGGGAAUGCUGCGUAUGAUUCUGGAGUUCUCAUACUCGGCCCCAGCCUGUGGGGAGGAGGACGGGAGGCCAACUGUGCUGAAGGACUUCCACUACCUGUACUUUGCCCUCCUCCUCUGUGGACUUACUGCUCUCAUCAUUGUCGUAAUCAGCUUCUUCACAGAGCCCAUCCCUGAGGAAAAGCUUGCUCGCCUGACCUGGUGGACAAGGAACUGCACCUUAUUUGACCUGCAGAGGAAAGCUACCGUAAGUGUGAAUGAGGCGGAGGGAGACAGCACUCCAGGGCUGGCAGGGAAGUCAGCAAUGGAGGGCCCUGCAGGAGACGAGGAAGAAGCAAACACCACCCAGGGGUCAGAACAACCUGGAGCCUUACACAGGUCCUGGGGGAAAUGGCUCUGGAACUGGUUCUGCGGACUCUCUGGGUCCCCACAGCAAGCUCUGAGCCCAGGCGAGAAGGCUGUGCUGGAGCAGAAGCUGACCAGCAUUGAGGAGGAGCCACUCUGGAGACGUGUCUGCAACAUCAACGCCAUCAUCCUGUUAGCCAUCAACAUCUUUCUCUGGGGCUAUUUCGCGUGACUCCACAGACUAGGAUGUAGUUGAAAUAAGUAAGAACCACUGAAUCCUGGUCAGUCCCAGAGACCAGAGGCAGGCUCUCUUUCCACCUUGCUGUACUAACUGGAGACCACAGAGGCUGAGAGUGAAAGCUCCCUUGAAGAGUAUCCAGUCCUAUAUGCUUGGCAAGUGGAGACGUGAAGGACUAAAGGGACCACUACAAUUGUCCAGAGUCACACAGCAGGACUCAUCCUGGGUCUCCAAUUCCAUCUCUCCUUCCGCUAAACCUUCUUGUCAUCCUACCUCAAAAACGUAAUUUUCUUAUCUAGGUACACUGUUUUCAUGUCUCUUACCCUCUUUCUCUUUCUGUUUCCUGUCUCCUUCUUUCACUUCUCGGAUCCCAGUACUGUGUUUAUAGCAUGAAUCCAGUGAGGAGGACCUUAUCAAGCCAUUGGUUACACAUUAUGUCUGCCAAUCCCAUGAGCAAAGAGCACAGGUGACAUGACA